UCGUGCGGUCUCGUGCUAUUCAAGCUGCUAUUGUUCAUACUUCACCACAUUCCCGAACAACCCAAUUCGCGUCUAAUGGCCUGAAAUUCUUUCUUUUUCCCUGAGAUCACAAACAUCUUCAGGCCUACAGAAACCCGCGAUCUAGCUCCUUUGAGUCAGACAAAUCCACUCAACAUGUCGUGGAAGGCGUCCGAGAGGUUGAUGGAUACUAUCCGUCACUACUCCAACUUUCCUGCUACGGGAGUGAGUUUAAGGCAGAUGGUCCAAUUUGGCGAGCGACCGUCGAUAGGAACACUUUUUCGCGCCUCCCAAUUCCUCGCCGAAGAGCUUCCAAUUCGACUUGCGCAUCGAGUCCAAGAGCUCACCCACCUUCCAGAUGGACUUAGUGAAAUGCCGUCAGUUAGGAAAGUACAGGAUUGGUAUGCGCAGUCGUUUGAGGAGAUUAUCAAUUUAGGCCGGCCCGAGCUAUCAAGAGAUGUAAAAGACCGACUUCUGAACCCGGGCAAAUUCGGCAAUGGCAAAGCAUCUUUACUUUCCGAAACGACUCCCAACCCAAGUAUUCGCGAAGGGCAAUAUGCCUCGGCGCCAGCCACACAAAUCGGCUUGGGUAACGGCAAAAAAUACCAGGCCGCAAGAAGGUAUUUUGCUAUGGUGGAUGACACUGGCGAUUGGCCACCAGAGCUGCAGGCAUAUAACUCGAAAUUCGCGCAAACAUUACAUAAGAUCAAGAGAAGACACGAUGGCGUCGUUACCACAAUGGCCCAGGGCAUACUAGAAUACAAGCGAAAGCGGCAACGGAUGCAAAUCGACAACAAUAUUCAAUCCUUCUUAGACCGUUUCUACAUGUCCCGAAUAGGCAUUCGUAUGCUUAUUGGGCAGCACAUCGCCUUAACCGAUCAAAGCCACCAUCGAGACCCUACUUAUGUCGGUAUAAUCUGUACGAAGACGAACGUACGGGAUUUAGCACAAGAGGCCAUCGAGAAUGCUCGGUUUGUCUGCGAGGAUCAUUAUGGACUUUUCGAGGCGCCAAAAAUCCAGCUCGUGUGUAACCCGGACCUCAACUUCAUGUACGUGCCAGGCCACUUAUCGCACAUGCUCUUCGAAACCUUGAAGAAUUCGUUAAGAGCUGUCGUCGAGACUCAUGGGCAGGAUAAGCAAGAGUUUCCGGUAACCAAGGUCAUUGUCGCCGAAGGGAGAGAAGAUAUCACGAUCAAGAUCAGUGACGAAGGUGGCGGAAUCCCCCGAAGCGCCAUCCCACUUGUAUGGACGUACAUGUACACAACUGUAGACCGGACGCCAAAUCUAGAUCCGGAUUUUGAUAAGAGUGAUUUCAAGGCUCCGAUGGCCGGUUUUGGUUACGGUUUACCAAUUUCUAGACUUUAUGCUCGAUACUUUGGCGGCGACUUGAAGCUAAUCAGCAUGGAAGGGUACGGAACAGACGUUUAUCUACACCUGAACCGCUUGUCGAGCUCUUCGGAGCCCCUACAAUAGCAAUCAGCAGUCAUGAGGGAAUGGGGAUCAUCCCAAGGAUUGACGUUGCCGAGUAGAAGAAUGAUGCAGAAGCGGCUCAAGCACUUCGAGGUGUCCGAGCGUAAGCAGGUCGGCGAUGCUGAG